GAGCUACAACCUCCCAACCAAAACGGUUAUACUUCUUCUUCGUCUUUGUAUUUGUUUAAUACUUUAAAAAGUGUAUCCGACAUCAGACAACAGUCUUUACGCAGUUAACUUACCAGCAUAAGCCGCCUAGCAUGUUUCUUGACUGAUAUUACAGCAGCAUCCUUUUUGUUGCUACUUGCAUACAUAACCCAUAACCCUCAGAGGUGGGAGGGUGUUGAGAAGCGCGGCGUCUGCAGCAUAAUUAAAACAUGGCGGACUCUGAGGAGUUUAGACUAAAACGGUUAAAGCAUGAGGAGCGCCUGUCCAGAGUAUUUGACGAAGUGAUGGGACUGGGAGACUUUGCUGACUCCUCCAGAGGCUCUGCCACCUCCUCCAGGAGUGGAGGUCAGGAUGAGACAAAAGGAGUAGACGAAACAUCAGGACAAGGGGAAAACCAACAGGUAGAAGAAGAGGAUAGCAAUGGCAGCAGACAGGAGGAAAAGAUGGACGAGGGAGUGGGAGAUUCAUCCUUUCCUCGCAUUUCCUCCCCUUCUUCUGUCCGACCCUCCUCGUUUACUAUGAGAACCAAUGAGGGAGGAGGAGGAGGAAGUGGAGGGGCGGCGUUUGAUGACGCGCUGGAUGGCCUUCCUUCAUUUGGGCCAGAGGAGGAUGAUGAAGACUGGCACUUUGCCCUGCCAAUGGGCACCCUGGAGGAUGUCGAUGUGGGUAAGGCGAACAGAAAAAGAAGCCAACCAGAAGAGGGGAACAACUUACAUCGACAUGAUCCCUUUGCUCGUGAGCCUAGAGGGGAGGAGGAGGAGCGAGAGAGGGAAGGGAGCAUUGAGUCUGCCAACACCUCCCACUCCUCCCAGGAUCACACACCUGACAACAGCCGAGAUGGAGGCGUCCUGAACCAGGCAGAGGAGACAGAAGACAGCCAGCAGGGAGAGAUGAGGUCAGAAGCAGCUCCAGUGGAGGACAGUAAUCCCACGAUUUCUCCUAGUAUCAAUAUUAAAGAUGAACCCAUUGAUGAGGGCUACGACGCUGCGUUGUUGCCUCAAAGUUCCAUCAGACAGAUCAAAGAGGAGCUGGAGCAUCAGGAGGAAGAGUUGAGAAUCAGUUCGGUCUACUCUGUAGGCGGAGCAAACACCUUUGUGCCACCUACUGUCCCAACAGCAGUCCCAGCCCCUCCUCCAGCGGCCAUUUUUAUCCCAGGUAGAGGUGCUGUCCUACAAGCUAUGACCUCCCUUCCUAUCAGACCACCAGCUCCAAUCCCAAGUUCACUACAAGCUCUGGCACCAAUACCCCCACGCCCACCUCAGCCCCCUGUUCCUGGUAGUGUUCGCUGCAGUGGCUGCUCUAAGGUUCUGCUGAAAGGCCAAACUGCAUUCCAGAGAAAAGGUUCGACGCAGCUCUUCUGCUCCACAGUCUGUCUGACUGGACAUCUUCCUCCAGCCAACAAGAACAGAUCCUGUUUCCAGUGCAACAGGGAGAUCCUUCAGCCCAGGGACAUGAUCACGAUCCCAGCGGACGACAGCACCUACAUGCACUUUUGCGGCCAGUUCUGUCUGUCUGUCUUCAGACACAAGAAGAAACAUUCUGACAAGAUUCCUGACAAAUGGGCUGACAAGCGACUGGAGAGGAAGCCUGAGAAGCCCCCUGAGAAACCAGUGGAGAGACAGCCCGAAAAACCCUUUUGCAGUGUCUGCAGAGUCACUAACCGGCAAAUUGAGCAUGAGGUCACCCAUCAAGGUCGCCUGCACAGACUCUGUAGUGAUGCUUGUUUUCUAACAUGGCGUAAGAUGCGUCACUUAGCCAUGAACUGCUGCGAAAGCUGUGGACUUUAUUGUAAUAGCAACUCAGGCUCAUGUCAGACGCUCACUAUCGAAAGAUCUCCGCUCAACUUCUGUAGUCCUACCUGCGUAGGCACCUACAAACAGACCUGUAGAAAGAUGCUUGAGUGUGCCUACUGUCGCAAGAUGGCGAUAGUGUCCUCCACCAUCAUGGAACGAGACCAAAGGGGCAAAGUUCAGCUUUACUGUUCACCCACCUGUGUGGAACAGACCCGACCACCCCGACAUACUCUCACUGGUACUCCAUUCCCAUGCUGCCUGUGCAAGGUGUCAGCUGUUCCUCAGUAUCAUUUGGCCAUGGUGGACGGCACCAUUCGUAACUUCUGCUCCUAUGACUGUGUUUCUGCAUACAGGGUAAAGGCACCAGUAGCAGAGCCAGACCUGUCCAAUGGAACUUCCUCUCUCAGGGACCCCUCCCUCAAAGAUGCCCCCAAACCAGGGCCCUCUGCCGGAGCCAGCUCAGUCCCUCCCAUCCCUCAGGACUACCCAUCCUCAGUCCCCUACCCGGGUCAUCAUCCCAGUCAUACCUCAGUGCCCCCACUGGUGCCUCCCUACCCAGCCAUGUCCUCCCCUUCUGUCCCAGGGCAAGCCCAGGCCAAAGCACCCUCUGGUCAGCCCCUGAAACCAACAGAGGGUGGGCACGGUGACGCCUCCAAACUGACCUGCCAUCAGUGCAGCAAACAGUUCAACACCAAGCCACUGCUGUUCAGUCACCAAGGUCGUAUUUCUAUGUUCUGCGGUAAGACGUGCUGUGAACAGUAUAAAACCCAGAAGAAUAUCCUGGCACUGUGUGAGUGCUGUAAACAGGAGAAGGUUCCCUUUGAUACAGUCAGCUACAACCAACAGGACCUGGUGUUCUGCAGUGAAAGCUGUAAGCUACUCUUCAAACAUGACCUGACUUCUCGAAACAAGGACCAUCCCUGGCGUCCCUGCACAUAUUGCUCCGGCAUCAGCCAGAAGAUGCUGCACAGCCACUAUGGAGGCAGGCUGGAGGAGUUCUGUAGACCCCACUGCAUGUCCCAGUUCACUGUACUCUACUAUGGGAUGGGGAGAUGUGACAGUUGUAGGAAACAGGGCUACAUGACGGAGAAGCUGCAGUGUUUGGGUUCAGUCCGCAAUUUCUGCAACCUGCCCUGCCUUCUACAGUACUGCUACCAGCAUUUUGAGCCAAGCCAACACACAAGCAGUAAUGGUACUGGAAGAGCCCCACAGACACCCUAUGCUCCAACCCAGCCCCACCACUCCUCGAAGAUGAAUCCCGUCAUAGCUGAUGUCGUCUCAUUGGCCAAUGGUUCUGCCACUCAGCCCAGUGCGUCAGCAGAUACCACUCUGACUGGAGCACUUCCAACCUCCACAGUUGAUGGCAAGAACCUCGACCAUGCCAGUACUCAGACUGACGCCAUGCGUGUGCCUGUGUCCCGUCGACGUCAAAUGAAGAACAAGUCGGUUCUGUGUCGACCUUUCACUAUGGACCAAGAAAGCAUGUGCCAGCUGCCCACGCCCUCCACUGACUCAGCAGCAGGAGAGGAGAAUGUGAGGGUGGUAAUGGUUCCAGUCCCAGUGCCAGUCUUCAUACCUGUGCCUAUGAACAUGUACUCCCAGCACACACCUGUUCCACUGGCCAUGCCCAUGCCUGUUCCAGUACCCAUGGUAGUACCACCACAGAGCAAGGACAUGAAAGACGCAGCUGUCCAAUCAGAGCCUUCGACUGUGAAGGAAGAAAAACAGAAUGAUAUGCCUGUUUCCAGUGCAGAUCAGAGUAGCUCUUAUAGUGAAGACAUGAAGUCACAAGUGGUCGCUCCCAUAAUCUGUGAAAAUAAGAAUACUCAAAAAGCAGUACAAGCUGACCUGCCUAAUAGUGUAGGUUCAGAGAAGAGCACAGAGUCUGCUGAUCCCCAGCUAAAUACCCAGCCCGGGAGCACAACAGCCAGCGACCCACCUACCACCAGUAUGGAGCAGCAACCUCCUUCCUCUCCAGUGAUGGACCUGGAGACUGACUUCCCAUCAGAACCACUGGGUCAGAGGUCUACUCCACAGCGAGGAGUGAAGAGACCCAGAGAAGGGUUCUAUGGCAGGAAACGGGGUCGAAGGCGGACUGUUUCAUCAGACCGCAGUGCAGUGGUGACUCCUGCUGCCUCCAAACUGAACCACCUGUAUGGGGUUAAAGCCUGGAAGAGCUGGGUCCAACAACGCAACAAACAGCCACAAGAAUCCAAUCUAGUGGAUAUUAAAGAAGACAUCCUUCAAUGUGACUCUGCUGAGCUGAGCUUUGCUCUGUCUCGCUUCAUCAGAGAAGUGAGACGUCCCAGUGGAGAGACAUACAGCCCAGACAGCAUCUUCUACCUCUGUCUGGGGUUACAACAGUAUCUGUUCAUGAAGGGCCGCAUAGAGAACAUCUUUACUGACGAGCUCUACAGUCAGUUUGCCACUGAGAUCACUGGGAUGCUGCGACUCUGGAAGCCUAAAUUACUACCUAGUGGUGGUGUUGUUAUCUCCCGUGUUGAAGAGUCCUACCUGUGGGACUGUAAGCAGCUAGGCGCCUACUCACCCAUAGUGUUGCUCAACACGCUGCUCUUCUUCUGCACCAAAACCUUCCACUUCACCACACUGAAGCAGCACAAAAGUCUCUCCUUUAUCAACUUCACCCGACGCUCCAAACCCUGCAGCCGAGCCGGCAAAGUGCACUACCUCCACUACCAGAGAAGCAGCUCUGCUACGCCUAGCCGGGACACAGAGCGAUUCAGAAAAAGGCAGGCAGAGAAUGAGGGAGAUAUGGAGAUGCUGGAAAAUGUCACUAACCCUCUACACUGUCCUGUCAGACUCUACGAGUUCUACCUCUCUAGAUGCCCAGAAUCGGUGAAGAAGAGAACUGACGUGUUUUACCUCCAGCCUGAACAGAAUGUGCACACACACAGUUCACACUGGUACACAUCUCAACCAUUAGACGGAACCACUCUACAGAGCAUGCUCACACGCAUCUUGGCUGUCAGAGAGGUUCACCAGGAAGUGGCCCGGCGUCAGUCCUCAGCCACCACUGGUAGUAACAGCUUACAGUGAUGUAAAAGCCUGUCUGCCCAUCCCUGAUCUACUCUGCAUCGGAAACGUUGUCUGAUUCAGUUCAGGUUCACAGUGAAUUCAAACUGUAUGUAAACCCAUCAGUCAUUUCAGACUGAGGCUGACAUGUCUGUGAAACGGGGGAGUUCAUGUACAGACCCUGACCACCAUGUUUUUGAAGACAGAGCAAACAGAGAUAUGAUGAAAUGACACUCAGACAGUUAUAAAGAACUGGGUUGUGGGAUAAUUGUAUUUAGUUACCUCAGUGGCCAUCUCCUCCACACGUUAAUGCACAAUGAGUUUACAAACAUCUGAUACUGUUGAGUAUGUAAAAGGGAGUGUUAAUGAGUACAUUGUUAAUGCAGUGUUUAUCACAUGUGGUGGGUUGAUUGAGUUGUAAUGGCCGAUGCCAAACCUGUCAGAUGUAACUUUAUCACAAUAUUAGACAGUCUGAGCUGCAGUAAACAGUGAGAGGACUAUCUUAGUGUUGUUGGCUCUCUUUACAUUGGCACUUGCUUACAUGAGUUUUAACUAAUACAGAAUUUUUAAGGCUGAUAUUGGCAUUGGCAGAAAAACAACAACAAACCCUAAAAGAAUGACAAUUUUGAGCAUGUUUUGUUAUUCAGUCAUGUGGCGUACUCAUACGUAGCUGCAGAAAACAUGUUUAAAAUGUCACUAGUCUAGGUGAAGCACCCACAGACUUCCAUUUUAGUACUGAUGAAUAAAAGAAUAUGUAGUUUGAAAAUCUGCAUCAAAUUCAUUGCAUUCAAAGCAAAUAUGUAAUCUAAUAUAUUGUUAAACCUAUAUAUAUCAGUGUAACCCUUUUUGUAAUGAGACUCACAGUGCCUCUCAUCUUUUGUUGUUAUUUUUAAUUGGUUAUCUGUUAUUAUGUUGUUCCCUUUUAUAGUCUUCAUCCUAUGUGGCCUUAUUUCCUGUUUGCUUCCUAUUUUUCCUCCAGGGUUUCCUCCAAACCACUAAUUCCCUCUGGCUGUAGUGUACCUGUACCUGUACCAGUGCCAUCAUUUUCUCCUUCAGGGACAUUAUUCCUUCUUUUUCUUUUGCUUUUUUCUUCUAUUUGUCUUUGUUCCUUAAUCAGAGGAAAUUGAGUCUGGAGAUUUGAAAAAGCAGUAGACAACUCAAAGUGCUGGCAAAGUACUUUUCCUGUUCCUAACCCUUGAGGUUUCCUAUAUUAUAAUUAAUGGUCUGAAUGUUUUAUGGUGUAGUAUGGUUUUCACUGGCCAUAUAUACAAUACAAAACAAGUAUUAUGACGAUGUGCCUAACAUAUUUACCACUGUGUCAGCAGUGGCUAUCAGUUUUGUUUUUACUCAUUCCUGUAGACCUCAGAGAAGGAUAACAGUCUGAACUUCUUUCUAAUGUGGUAUAUAGGCAGACCUGAUGACUCACUCCAUAGACAAAACAUUACCAACCCAAACAUGUCUGGACAUACUGAACAUUUAUGCCUAUACAUACAGUAAUGUACAUGAUACAUUGGUGACUGCUAUUUCAUACAAUUUUUGAUUGUAUCUUGGAUUUUUUGAAAAAAAAAAAA